AUACUAUGUAGAUCAAACAAAACUCCAUUCAUUAUUUAUUUCAUUGGAAAUCGAAUAAAAAGUUCGGAAUAAGAAUAGAUAUACGUCAUCCAUAGACAUAUAGUCUGGGCGUUAACAUUAUGAGUCUGGUUUUGAUCUUGGCAACCCGCCACUCAGCGUCGAAACCAGUAACAUUGGGUUGGUACUAUGUUCGAAUUUUCAAUGACAUUUCUUUGUUUACAUUUACCUUCCAAAGUUCCGGAAACAAACAGUUGUAUAAAAUUUUUCUUUUCGUUUAAUUUAAAACAUGUUGUCUGAAGAUUAUAAAUGGAAUUUUGAUUACGUUAGGCUGGCUUGGGAUACAGGUUUUUGUUUUGGAAACCGUAAAUCGACUAACUUAGAGAAAAGCAAAAUUUGUAAGACACAAUUGGACCCUUCCAAAGGUCGUCACGAGAGUGUAACAAUUUUAGGUUUAGUUGAUAUUGAAGAGAUUAUAAAAGAAACAGAUAUAGCCACAGUAGACAAACACAUUUCCACUAUAUUAAACUAUGUUCUUGAUAAUGAACAGGCUGAAUUAUUAGAUAACAAUUUUGUAAAGAUGUUUCAAAUUAGUCAGUUAGCUGUGGAAUAUUUGUUAUUCUGUAAAAAAUAUUUGGAUAAUACUGUAGUUUUAUUGAAAAAAGAAUUGGGAACUAUUAAAGAGGAUAAUCAGCAGCUAAGAGAUCUCAAUUUAGAUUUAGAAAAUCAAAUUGGAAUGAUGACAAACAAAUUCAAUGAAUACAUGAAGGCAGAAAACCAUAAAUGUCCAAAAUGUUCUAAAAUGUUCACCUCUGAACUUUAUCUUAAUUCACAUUUAAAAAGAAGACACAAUUUAUGUGAUGAUAACAGCUCCCAAUCUGAAGCUGAUAAGCUGCAGUCAGAAAUAAAGCAACUAAAAGAAAGAAUUAACAAUACAGAAAAACUGAUACAGGAUAAAAAUGCCAUUGAAGAAAAAUCAUUACAAAAGGACAAGGAGAAACAAGAAGAGAUGAAAAUAAAAGAAAUUCAAGAAAAUUUCGACAGAUUCAGAAAUCAAGUGGAAAAUGAGUUAAAAAUUUUACAAAUGCAAAAGAGUUUUUAUGAGGAAAAGUAUGGAAAACUUAUUGAUGUGGUGUCAGAUAGUAUAAUUCAAAAACAAAAUGAAAAGGAACUAACUAAAUCAAAAAUCGACAGCGACGAGUUUAAGCCCCAGCCACGUCCAAGAAGAAAUAGUAUGACUCAAACUGAAGCUCAGAAGAAUAAAAUUCUCACUAUGCAGUUGGUUCAUCAUGAAAAUUUGGUGGAUUAUGUCUCACCUGAAGUUACCCCCCAAAAACACUCUGAAAAGUCAGAAGAUGUUAAUAUAGAAGAAACUAUUGAUAAGAAAGUGUCUCAAGGGCUUGCAAAAAUUGAAGGUCAGAUGAAUAUAUUUUUAAAUAAACUAAAUGAAGUAGAAGAAAUUAGAAAGUCAAGAAAUUCGGAAAUUAAAGGUCCAGUUCAACUUGACAAUAAGGGCGAUUACAUUUCGCCAGAGACGUCAAUAAAAAAGCAAAAGAAAGACAAAGAGAACGUCGUCAAUAUUGAAGAAACGAUUGAUAAAAAGGUGUCACAAGGUUUGGAGAAAAUUGAAUUACAAAUGAAUGCCUUCUUGAGCAAAUUGGCAGAAGCAGAAGAAAAUAGAAAAAUCCAAUGUUCUCCUGUUAAAACGGAUGUACCUAAAAGGCCACCGUUAAAACCUAGAUCUAAAUUCACCGUCGGUAGUAAGAUGAUGGAUUAUGAAGUAGAAGCAAAUGAAUGCUUCUCAAAAGAGAAAGACAUUCAUUCAGAAUCAGGGGAAGGUGAAAUAAAGGUAACAACUGUCAAACAACCUGUUGAAGAAACCUCCGAAUCGGAAACCGAAGAAGAAAGCAUCAUAUCUGAAGAAGAGAAGAAGAUUCCUACCAAACCAUCAGUUUCUACUUUAGGGCAACAUUCAAUGACUAGUCUUUAUAGAUUAGCUGAUACUCCAGAUGUGUUAAAAGAAUUAGAAGAGGAAGUGAAGAACGUUGUUAACUCCAGAUUAAGGGAUAUUGGAGUCAAUCCUGAUUGGAAGGGCAUUCCCCAAAAAUCGUAUGAAAGAGCCAUGGAUAUUAUUAAUCAUCAGGCACAAUUAACAAAAAAGAGUUUUUCAGAUUUUACAAAAAUAAAAAAUAAUUUAGAAAAAGAAGUAAACAGAAAAAUAAAAGGAAAGUCCAUUCCGGGGAAAUUAGAAGCAAAAUGUAGCCCAAUGAAACAUCUAACAUUCAGCGUCAAGAAAAAGGAAGCAGUUCCAAAGAUAAAUUUGAAAGAAGUAAAGAGUACUCAAAUAGUCAUUAAAAAUAGAGAAAUAUAUGAAACAGAGAGUGAAAGUGAGUCUGAAGCAAAACCACCUCUUAUUGACGCAAGAGAAAUGCAGUCCAGGGUGAUACGUGAAUUACAAUUAGUUCUUCCAAAGACGGACGAACGUGAAGAGAAUGUAGAACCGAAGGGGGUGCUAAAAAAUUAUCCUUCAGUAGGCUCUUUAAAUAAGAAGAAGGUUCUUUUCGACCUGGAGUCCGAGGCCAUGACUGAAAAUCUUAGAGAACCAAAUUUAAAGCAAAUUGAAGAAAGGAGGGAAAUAAAGGUGCAGGAAGAGACUGACGACACGGACACGAUAGCCAGUUCCGUGUUUGGAGCAGUUGAGGGCAAAGAUGAUGUGAAGAAGAAAGAAGUAGAUAGUGAUUUUGAUAUAAGUGAUUUAUGAUUGUAUUAAAUUAAAGUACUUCCCCUGUAUGUAAAAUAAAGCAAAAUUAUUUUUGA